AUGAAUAAUCCACUUGGGCGCUCUACAAAUAAAACUGAUUAAUAAGGAUAGAAUAAUUAAAAGAAUAAUAGAGCAAAAGAGUUUGAAAAAUAACUUUAGGAAGAAGAGAGAAGUAAAAUGUAUAAAAUAAUAUUUAUAGUGUUAACCUAAUCAGGAGGAAUAAUUACUACUUAAUAGACAAAUAAUCAAUAAUAAUAAUAAUAAUAACCUGCCUAUCAAUAAUAAUAAUAAGUUGGCUUUCAAUAAUAACAAUAGGUUGCCUAAUAAUAAUAAUAAUAAUAACCUGCCUAUUAAUAAUAAUAAUAACUUAACCUAUAACCAUAAUCAAUGUUAGGAUAGAUAGGUUCGAUGUUAGAUGCUCCAAGAGUAAUUAAUAAUAUAAUAAUAAUAGAAAUUGUUCUUUAGAAACUCUACUACCUAACAAUAACCAGCUUAAUAAGGUUAAAGAUAACCAACAGAUUAAAAUGAGCCAGAAUAGAUUUAGAAUAAUAAUACUGUAUAGACAUAUCAAACACGUGAUAUUAAAAGUAUAGGGUUAGAGAUUAUACAACCUGGAGAAAUAGCUUUAUAGGAAUUACGAGGAACUUGCUCUAUUCCUACAUUAUCAUUUUAAGGAUUAAUAAUUGCAACUAAUUAUUAGGUAUUUAAAUUGAUUACAUAUAUCAAUAGAUAGUGUUUUUACCAGCUAAAUUUCCUAAGGAUUAUAGAAAGGAUUAUUUUCAAGUCCCUUAUACAUUUAUUAUUAAAGUUGAGAAAACAAUAGAUAGAAAGUAAAAUGAUGCUAAUUUUAUCGAAAUUUAAAGUAAAGAUGGUAGAUCAUUCAAAUUCAAGUUUUUAAAAGAAUUAAGUGAUGAUUGUAAUAGUAUACUUAAUGUAAUUAACAAAAAUGCAUUUACAUUAAAUAAAUAAACAUUGUUUGCAUUUACAUUUUAUAAGGAAUGUUAGAUAUUGGAAAACGAUUUUUAAGGAUGGAAAAUAUUCAAUAUAGAAAAAGAUUUUGAAAGAAUGGGGAUUACUAUAUUAUAAGAGAAUUCUUAAUAAUAGAAUGGAUUAUUUAAAUAUUUAAAUAAUGAGAAUGGAAUAAUAUGUUCAACAUAUUACAAUAGAUUAGUAGUACCAGCAAAAGCAGAUUUAGAUUGUAUAUAAAAAACUGCAAAAUUCCGAUCUAAGGAAAGAAUACCAAUUUUAUCAUAUGCAUUUUGUGUAAAUGGAAAUGUAAUAUCAAUGUGGAGAAGUUCAUAAUGUAGAACAGGCAUAGGAUAAAAUAGAUCUACAGAAGAUGAGUGUUAUUUGAAAUAUAUAUCAUAUUAGACAGUAGAUGAAUAGGAAAAUCAAAAUGAAGAUAAGGAAAUUCGUUUAAGAAUUUAUGAUGCCAGACCAUAUAUCAAUGCCUUUGGAUAAUAAGUAGCUGGUAAAGGUUAUGAGAAUACAAUGUUUUAUAAAAAAUGUAGUAUAGACUUUUUAGAUAUUCAUAAUAUUCAUAAAGUUAGAGAUUCUUAAACAAAAUUAAUGAAGGCAGCAUUUAGGUAUUAUUUAUAAUCCAUAUAUAAGUGAAAAUGUUUAAUUCCUAUCAUAAUUAGAAUAAUCAACAUGGUAUGAUCAUGUUGUUGCAAUCAUUAAAGGAUCUGCUAAAAUAGCAAUUACAAUGACAAAAGAGAAAAUUAAUGUUUUAGUUCAUUGUAGUGAUGGUUGGGAUAGAACUGCUCAAUUGACUUCUCUUGUCUCUAUUAUGAUUGAUGGAUAUUAUAGAACUAUUGAAGGAUUCAUGAUUUUAAUCUAAAAAGAAUGGAUUAAUAGUGGACAUCAAUUCUGUUAAAGAUCUGCUAUUGGUAUUAAACAAAAUAAUGAUGAUUCAAGAUCUCCUAUCUUUUUAUAAUUUUUAGAUUGUGUUUAUCAAAUGUAACAAUUAUAUCCAUUAUCAUUUGAAUUCAAUCCUAAAUUAUUAUUUGAUUUAGCCUAUCAUCAUUUAACUUCUUUAUUUGGAACAUUCUUAUGCGAUUCCUUCUUGGUAAUAAUUUUUAUUUAUUAUUAGGAAAUUUAAAAAUAAAAAAUCAUGGAAUAAACUGUAUCUAUAUGGUCAUGGAUUAUGAAACAAAAAGAUAAAUAUCUGAAUGCUUUCUAUAAAAAUCCAUAAUCUAUUGAUUAAGAUGUUAUCAUUCCUGAAUAAUUUAGUGGUAAAUCCAUUACAUUCUGGAAAGAAUAUUUCCUCUAUUAUUCUUUAGAAUCUAAUGAUGCUUAUUAAAUACAUCCUUAAUGUCAAUAUACUUGGUAUUAUUCCCUUUUUUUAUUAUAGUGACAAUAUUCAAGAAAUGUACAAAGCAUUAUUUAAAGAAAAUCAUGUUUUAAGAUAAGCAUAAAAAGAUCAAGAAAAGUUGGCCAUUCUUCAUUAAUAAAAAUUUAAUUAACUUAUGCAAAUUAUCUAAGAAACCUAGAAUGAAGAAAUUAUAGAAAAACUAUAGACAAUUAAACUUAUUUGA